UUCAACUAGUUACAGGUACAGCAAUAUGAUCCGCCCCUUUUUGUUGAUUCUUUGCGCUUUAGGUGUGUUUUCGUCAGGAUGCGAAGGGCCACAGCACAAUGCACAAUACGGCAAGAGAUCCCAAAAUGAUAUACUUGAAUAUGUGGACCACAUUCAAUUAGAUUAUAGAUUUCUACGAGUCGUUGAGAAGGUGAUAACAUAUCAACCAGUUGACCCAUCCAGCAAAUUAAUAAACUACAUCGAGGUUAUGGACCAAUAUACCAACGGCGACGGAGGUUGUCCUACAUUACUUGCAGGAGGACCAGGAUUCAACCACACCACGAUUAAGCUAACUUCUAAACGUAAUCACGGGCUGGAUUUCAUCAUAAGAAUAUUUGUAAAAUAUUAUUUUUGAAGUUUUUGCUUAAAAUUAAUAUCAAUUAAGGCAAUUAUUUCGAUAAAAAACAUCCCAACAUAGUAAUUAAAAGUAAACAUGAAGAUUCAAAAUUGUAAACGUUAUAUUAUAGAAAAA